AUGCCCAAGACAUGGCCUACCAUUGCCAAGCUCGAGACGUUCAUUCCAAGCGCGAACGGCUCUGGCGGAGAUUACCACAGGCAGAACACUGAUCACUGGAUUGUGCAAGGCAACAUCUCCUGCCCGAUGCAUAAGUACGACGAGUACCGCUCCUCGCGUACUUCGUGGGGUAUCGGAGUGCUCGGAUCGAUCUUUGUCAAGCUCACGGCCUCGGACGGUACCAUCGGCUAUGCGACCGGGUUUGGAGGUCCACCCGCCUGCUGGCUGAUCGAGGAGCACUUUAAGCGCUUCGUUAUCGGCCAGGACCCGCGCGACACCAAUAAGAUCUGGGACAUGAUGUGGAGGGCUAGCAUGUUCUAUGGCCGAAAAGGUCUUCCCCUUGCCGCUCUUUCGGUCGUGGACCUCGCCAUCUGGGACCUUCUCGGCAAGAUCCGCGGUGAACCCAUCUACAAGAUGAUCGGCGGUCGUACCAAGAAGGAUAUCCCUCUCUACCUGACAGGCCCUCGCCCGGAGGUCGCCAAGGAGCUCGGCUUUUGGGGCUCCAAGGUCGCCCUUCCCCAUGGCCCGUCUGACGGACACGAGGGUAUUCGCAAGAACGUCGCGUAUCUCAAAGAGUGCAAAGACGCAGUCGGUCCGGACUACCCAGUCCAGGUCGACUGCUACAUGAGUCUGGAUGUGCCGUACACCAUCGCGCUGAUCAGGGCUACCGAGAAGGCUGGGGUCGAGAUCAACUGGUGGGAGGAGGUCCUUCACCCCGAUGACUUUGACGGGCACAUCAAGCUCAAGGAGGCUCUCCCGCACGUCAAAUUCACUACUGGCGAGCACGAGUACUCCAAGUAUGGCUUCCGCAAGCUCAUCGAGAACCGGGCUGUCGACAUCAUCCAGCCGGACGUCAUGUGGCUCGGCGGUCUGACCGAACUCAUCAAGGUCGCGGCGAUGGCAGCGGCGUACGAUAUCCAGGUCGUCCCCCACGGUUCUGGCCCAUACUCUUUCCAGGCCAUCAUGACCUUCACCAACUCCGACUUCUGCGAGUACAUCGCCAACUCGCCCGACGGAAAGUCAGUCCACCCCUCCUUCGGUAACCUCUUCUUGAACGAGGUGCUUCCCGUCAACGGCCGUGUCGACCUUACUGACGAGCCUGGAUUCGGUCUGAUCCUGAACCCAGAAGCCGAGCUGGUACCGUACAGCACAUUCUUCAAGCCUGUCCACGGUCUCGGCGCGGCAGGCGAGGCGGAAGUUGACGACGGGAAGAAGAAGGCCUAG